GGAAGCGGAGCAGCAGCAGGAGCCGGCAGGCCCAGCCCUCCCCCGUCUGCUCACGCUGAGAUUUUUCUUUUUCCCCUUUUUUAAUUUAUUUUGAUUUUUUUUUCAAAAAUUUAAGGGGAAUUAAUUUAUUUUUUGUAUUUUUAAUUAUUCCUUUUUUUUUCGCAUCCAGACCACGAGCACCGGCCGGAUUCGCCCUCGCUCCCCCCGCGGUGCGCGCACCACCGUUCCUGCCGGCUUUGUGCGCUGAAACCCCGUCCCUCCUCUUCCUCCUCCUCUUUCUACCCCUCCUCCUCCGCCGUGCAGCCUUAACGCGACUCCGAGGAGCAUCCGAAAGCGCAGCAGCGGCUGGUCCAGCCCUCCCCGCAACAAAAACCCUUUCGUUUUUGCUUUCACUCCGCGUUUUUGACCCUUUCCGCACUCGCACCACGCGGAGCGCCCGCUGCCUCCGUGUUAACCAUGCCCAUGGAGCUGACUCAAAGCCGCAUCCAGAAGAUCUGGCUCCCCAAUGACAACCGCCCGGCGCUGCCCCGCCGCUCCUGUGGGCCACAGCUUGCCAAUUCCCCCACUGUGAUAGUGAUGGUUGGCUUGCCAGCCCGUGGGAAGACCUACAUCUCCAAGAAGCUGACUCGCUACCUCAACUGGAUUGGUGUUCCAACCAAAGUUUUCAACGUGGGGGAAUAUCGCCGUGAGGCAGUGAAGCAUUACAGCUCCUAUGACUUCUUCCGCCCUGACAAUGAGGAAGCCAUGAAAGUCAGGAGGCAAUGUGCCCUGGCUGCUUUGAGGGAUGUCAAGCUGUACCUAACAGAGGAGGCUGGCCAGAUCGCGGUUUUUGAUGCCACCAAUACCACGCGGGAGAGAAGAGGGAUGAUCCUAAACUUUGCCAAAGAAAAUGGGUUCAAGGUGUUCUUCAUUGAAUCUGUCUGCAAUGAUCCCACUGUAGUUGCCAGCAAUGUUAGGGAAGUAAAAUUGUCCAGCCCUGAUUAUCGGGACUGUAAUUCAACCGAUGCCAUGGAGGAUUUCAUGAAGAGGAUCAACUGUUACCAGGCCAGCUACCAGCCACUCGACCCUGAUGACUAUGACCGGGAGCUUUCUCUCAUCAAAGUCAUCGACGUUGGCCGGCGGUUCCUGGUUAACAGAGUUCAGGAUCACAUCCAGAGCAGGAUCGUUUACUAUCUAAUGAACAUCCAUGUCCAGCCCCGCACCAUUUAUCUCUGUCGGCAUGGUGAAAGCGAGUUCAACCUCAAGGGGAAGAUUGGAGGUGACUCAGGCCUCUCCAAUAGGGGCAAGAAGUUUGCGCGGGCACUGAACAAGUUUGUUGAGGAGCAGAACAUGAAGGACCUCAAAGUCUGGACCAGCCAGCUAAAGAGGACAAUCCAAACAGCAGAAGCUCUUCAAUUGCCCUAUGAGCAGUGGAAGGCACUCAAUGAAAUUGAUGCUGGGGUGUGUGAAGAAAUGACGUAUGAAGAAAUCAGGGAGCAGCAUCCAGAGGAAUUCGCUUUACGUGAUCAGGAUAAAUACUACUACCGCUAUCCUUCUGGGGAGUCCUACCAAGAUCUGGUGCAGCGCCUAGAGCCGGUCAUCAUGGAGCUGGAGAGACAAGAGAACGUCCUUGUGAUCUGUCACCAAGCUGUCAUGCGCUGUCUCCUGGCAUACUUCCUUGAUAAGAGUGCAGAUGAAAUGCCCUACCUGAAGUGUCCCCUUCACACAGUGUUGAAGCUGACCCCGGUGGCCUAUGGCUGCCGGGUAGAAUCCAUCUCACUGAACAUUGAAGCUGUCAACACCCACAGGGAUCGGCCAGAGGAAGGAAAGAAGGGACCUAACCCGCUCAUGAGACGUAAUAGCGUUACCCCUCUAGCAAGCCCAGAGCCCACCAAAAAACCUCGCAUCAACAGCUUUGAGGAGCAUGUGGCUGUUCCUUCCGCCCUGCCAGGCUGUGUUCCUCAGGAAGUGCCCUCGCAGCUGCCGGGACAACCUUUACUAGGGAAGGCAUGCCUAACAUGAACACCUCGCAGAAGCUGUCGUGACUCCGUUGGCGCUGUGACAAUGCCACUGGCGAUGCCACCAGCUUCCCAUCCCAUUGCCAUUUCCAAAGCUUGCUUAUAAACCAGUCUCCUCCACCUGCAGCGAGGUCGACCCUCGUCUGUUUCUACCCGUGCCUGUUCAUCUGCAAACCGCUCUGCUGAAGGAGGGGAGAGAUGCAGGAGAGCGGAGGAGAGGAGCUGAGCAUCCCGGAGUCACCACCAGAUCUUUAGGCUACAGCAUUUGCUCUCCUCUCCAGCAUCCUGUUAGAUCCUAGCAAGCUGUAAAGUGCUUCCUAGCGCACAGGACUUUAAUUUCCUUCUGCAAGCAGUUUUGAUCUUCUUUUGUAGAGAUGACUGGUACCCAUCCUUCUAGUGGUGGGGUGUGUGUAUAUAUGUGAAUGGUGCGGGGUUAGUAGAGAGAUGGGGGGAAGGGGAGGGAAUAAAUGGGUUUUGCAGUUUAUGAUUAUUAUUAUAAUUAUGAUUAAUUCAUUUUCAAGAUGUUGUUUAGCCAAGCUACAGCCUGUCACACACCAAGCCUGCCUCACCCAGGCCUGCAAGCACUAGAAAGGCAGUUGUGUGAAGUCCUUCACAGUGAAAACUUUGGGGUUUAACAAGGAAAGAAGACCCCAAAACAUCUUUUGUUUUACUCAAUACACCUUAAAAGGGUUUGCAGAGAAUGUAGAUCUGCUUCUAAAACUGGUUGUGAGCCGCCAGUAGCAUAGGGGAAGAUGCACCAGUGGUGAUUUGGAUGAUGCUUUCAUCUUGGGGAGCACUAUGGAAUGGUCUGAGUUUAAGCAUGUGUUGAUAUGAGCACUAGUUGAGGUGCUGUGCUGGUACUUCAUCUCCUCUUUGCUCUUCCUUAGAAGAAAGCAGAGAUUUGGGGCUGUUUAAGGGUCAAUCCCUGUGUUAUUGCAGGUGGACAGGCUGAGCUAGAUGCAUUUUGCAGACACACAGAUCUUAUGGAGGUGGCCAGAGGUCUGGCUGGGAUGCAGAAAGCCACGAGAAGGGACAGUUUUGUCUGUGUUCUCUCUUAAUUUUACAUAUAUACAUGCACACACAUGUGUACAUGUAGAAACCGCUUGGGGUUUGCACUUUAUUUGUGGCCAGAGCAUAACUGUUUUAGGUUUUGUCUUAUAAUGCCCCUUAACAGGGGAAGCCUGGAUACAGGCAGCUUCUUUAUUUGCAUGCUGGAAAGCUGGGACUACAAAACUAGUUUCAGCAUUAGAGGUGUGUGUGUGUUUGGGGGCGAGGUCAUAACUUGGACUCCAUCAGCCAACUCCCAGUGGUUUGAUAUGCAAGAUCUCUUCUUGGCAGCCUGUCCCAGGCUGUGAGACAGCAGUUAUAUGGCAAUUAACCACUAUUGCUUUGUGCAAAAUCUGUGGAUUUUGAAUAUUAACUUCUUUUUUUGGGGGGGGGGGGUGGGUUUUGGGUUUUUUCCUCACUGCUGUAUGUACCAUCCUCAUCCUCAUCGUGCUUGUUGGCUGUACCGCUGAGUUGGAAAUGGGAGGUGAGGGCAGCCAAGUCUUCCUGCAGUUCCCAUAGCUUUCCUCAGCCCUUUAUGUAGGAAACAACAUCCCUACAGCCAGGAGCAGAGAGGUCUGGGGAGAAAUGAUGUAUUUUUUUGGGGUGUGUAUGUGUUUUGGGGGGAGUUUGGUCUGUUCUUCUUUGGGAAAAGGUGAACCACAGUGCCUAGAGCUUCAGCCUCAUGCUUGAAGCAGCACCAACAGCGGGAGGGGACCAGGACCAUGCUCAGUCUGUAUCCCACUGGAGGAGAUGGUCUCCAGUGCCCUGCCCGUGUGAGCUUGUGCAUAUGUGUAUUAUAUUCCUGUACAGAUGAAACAAAGAACACUUCCUCCCACCUUGCCCUUUUUAGUUUAACAGUCACAUUAAAAGCAGCCAUCUCCCUGUGUGAGCAAUUGACAUCUGGCCUUUUGGUUUCUCUGCCUUUGAGAGAGAGAGAGAAAUGAAGGCAAAAUUGGAAGGCAAAUUGCUUAUUUUCAGCCUCCUUCCUCAGGAGUCUUAUCUUUCUCCUCCUGCUAUGAAAAGAUAAGCCGGCAAAUGCAAACAUGACGUCUGGCUGCCCUGUGAUCAAUCCUGUACACAUGUAAUUCUGCAGAUGUUUUGGUGUGUAUUUGUGUGUAUAUUUAUAUAUAUAUAAAUAUAUAUAUAUAUAUAAAGAAACAGCAAAAAAACACUGACCUUAAACUUUCUCCCUUUGGGAAUAAUAGAAGUCUCCAUAGGUCUACAAAAAGAUGAAAUUUCACUUGGGUGUUUUUUUCCAUCAAGGGGAAAAAUUGGUCUUUGAGCAGCAGAAAAGUCCCUUCAUACUGGAGGGGUUGGUGGGAUGGUGUCAGCCCCAUCCCAUCGCACUGCCCCCAGAAACUCACUGCCCAUUGCUUUUGGUUGAUGGAGCCAAGGACCAGGCAGCGAUGGUGGAUGGGGAGAGAAGGGACUUGUCAAACCACACAGAGGAUUUCUUUCCCCCCCCCCACACUUGAUUUUUUUGUUUCUUGGUUUUAUUUUUCCUUUGUGAUACUUGAAUUUAUUUUUGUAACUUUUGUUUUUUUUGAUAGCAAAGCACUCUUUAUUUAUUUAAUGUAUACUGCAAAGCUUGGAGAGAAGCAGGUAGUUCCUUGGGGGGGUUUGAUUUGUGGUAUGUUAACAGUUCUGUAUAUAUGUCUGGAAUAAUUGCCUGAUAUAAAGCUGUGCCACCUUAAAAACAGGGUAUGCCUUUCAGAAAUUUGUAUAUUUUGCAGUUGCUGGACCAAUAAAGUAUCUUGUUGAAAUACA